AACACAAACAACACAACCACCAAGAAGAAGAAGGAAACUGACCGAGAAGCGCAAGGAUCCAACAGCUAUGAGUACGCCAAACAUGGACGAGAAUGCCAAACUAUGGUUUGGCGUUCAGCUUGAGGUGACGCAAAAGCUGCUGGCAGCUGAAGACCGCAAGCUGGAGGUCAUGCACCAUGAGCUCAGCGGCCAACAUGGCACCCUUUCUGGUCUCAGGCGCCUCGCCAACUCACGCCUGCGGAUGCAGUAUGAUCAGCUCAACAAGGAGUACGAGGAUGCGGUGACAGGCCUGCUUCGCGGCAACACGCUCGCGCGCGUGCGAUCCUUGCCCUCCAUGGGACUGAAGGGCGUCCACAAACAGAGGUCGUCGCUGUUCCAUGCGAUGAACAUCCAGGCUGGCCCCGUCAAGGACGGCGAUCAGCCCGACGCCGCAGCGACGAAGCAGCUUGAGGAAAACGUCACAGAGAUUGGCGCCGUUGGUGCUGAGGACACACACGACGGCCUCACGUUUGCUCGCGGCCGCGUGCAGUCAGGAUCCCUGUCCCACCCCGACUCUGUUCCCAUGCGCGUUGCAAAGCUGCUCAGGGAGUGGACUGAAACGUACAGCUACGACUUCCGGGACGAGCGGAUGAUGCUUCCGUUCAAGGACAUUACGCAAGCUUGCGCAUCGUACAUGGACGAUGUCAAAGCCGCUGUACUCGACAUCCAACGCGUCCUCUUCAAGAAGCUGAAUGCGCUGGAGCAGUAUGAGGCGAAGCUGAAGCGGGAACUGGAGUUGCAGAUCAAGACGAAGAACGAAACCAUGUCCGCCGGCAAAUCAAAGCCGGACCGCAACCUGUUUGACCUGUCGCAGUCACCGCAGGAGGUAGCCGCGCAGCUGAAGGUGAUUGAGUUUGAGCGCCUGAGCGCCAUUGGGCCCGAGGAGUUUGUGCAGACAUUCGUGCGCGGGGACCAGAAGGACGAGUAUACCGACAUGCGGGAGGCGCACAACGUCGAGACCUACGUCGAGUGGUUCAACAGACUCAGUUACAUUGUGGCGACGGAGAUUCUGCGAACGGAGAAGAAGAAGCAUCAGGUCAAGGCCAUCGAGUUCUUCGUGCAGGUUGGCCACCACUGCUACAAAAUGCACAACUUCAACAGCGUGAUGGCCAUUGUCUCCGCUAUCAACUUUGCAUCCGUCUCACGGCUGAAGAAGGCGUGGUCGAAAGUACCUGGGAAGAUUCUGUCCCUCUAUGAAGAGCUGGAGUGGGUGUUGGAGCCACGAUCAAACUUCAAGAACUACCGAGAGGAAGUUGCGUCGCUGAUGCUGCAGCAAGACACGUGUGUCAUCCCAAUCUUCAGCCUCAUGGUCAAGGACAUGUACUUUACGGAGGAGAGCAGCAAGAAGCGGCUUGCGAACGGCGAUAUUGACUUUGACACCAUGUGGCGGCUGGGAAACAGAUUAGCCGACUUUAUGGUGCUGAAGAACGCAAAGUGCAAGCAGCCGCGCAACGAUGACGUUGUGCGCUACCUCAAGACUGUUCCCGUCUGCUCCGAAUACGAGCUGUUCAAGCUGUCGAUCGAGUCUGAACCGCCGGCGAAAGAAGACAAAGAGCGCACGCUGGGUCGUCUCAAGCGCCUCGAAACGCAGUCUCAGCGAAAGACCGCGGAGAAGGACGCCAAAUGAAUGCACACGCACAUACACACACUUACACACGCACACACGCACACACACACACACACAUAAUUCGUCUUAUUUCAUGCACUUCCUUUCCAUCUCAUUCACCAAACAGCCAUGGACUUGUGCGCACCAACUUUUCGCCACUGUGUUGCCUGCCUCUUUCUUUGCUUUUGUCGUUUUCGUACUUCUGUGCUUCACUCCUCCCACAUAUUCGGCGUACGCCACUUAAUGUUCCGUUGUUAUGUUACACGACCCUUUUCAUGACUUGGUGUCGAUAACUCCUCCGCACCUUUCUGUUCACACACACACACACACACACACAUAUUCAUGCACUUACACGUUCUGUUUAUCAAGUUAAUUCAUUGGUGUAGCACCAAUAAAUAUCAUAACAUGAGAGCGGUAAGCAAAUACUCAUGUUCG